AUGUCUAUUCCGGGUCUUGAUCAGGAUGAACCUGAGGAGGACAUUGUCCGAAGUCAGGCAGGACAGGUGAAACUGUUCGAGCUGAAGAAAGAACAGGAAUGGAGGUUCGAAGUUGCGCUUGGGCGCACCAUUGAGGUGAAAAUCACCCAAGGUACAGCCGAGCUUUUUGGCACAGAGCUUGUACUCGGCAAAGCCUACACCUUCCUUGCGACGAAAGCAGCCAUCUACACCUGGAUAGGAUGUAUGAUCGAAGUGACCUACGAACCAGGCGCUCUAGCGAGUGAAUACGUGGCGGAAGAGACAAACGCAACCGAAUACAUCAACAUCCACCUCGCCCUUGAAUCGAUAAGAAACAAAGACGCGACCGCGCCGAGAUUGCUGAUUCUUGGACCGGAAAAUGCGGGCAAAACGACACUUGCAAAGACCUUGACUGGGUAUGCCAUUCGUAAUGGACGUUCGCCGGUUGUCGUCGGACUCGAUCCUACAGAAAGCAUAUUGAGUAUGCCAGGAACUCUGACUGCGACAGUAUUCAAGACACUCAUUGAGGUCGAAGCUGAUGCCGGUAGUGGUUGGGGCACAAGUCCGAUGAGUGGUCCUAAUGGCGAAAUCCCUGUCAAACUACCAUUGGUGUACUAUUUCGGUGGUAUGGAUCCAUCUGAAAAGAAUGGAAGACUUUACAAAUCACAAGUUGCGCGACUGGCACUUGCUGUGGAAGGUAGAAUGAAGUCAGCUGGCCAGGAAGAGAUUGAAAGAAGUGGAAUUAUCGUGGAUACCCCUGGCAGCCUUCUGUCUGCGAAACAAGCAAGCAAUAACUAUGAACUUGUGGCACAUAUCGUCAGCGAGUUCUCAAUAAACGCCAUAAUCUGCCUUGGCAGUGAGCGACUGUACAAUGACAUGGUUCGCAAAUUCGAUAAACAACCCACCAGUGGCUCUGGUCGAGCAUCCGGUACAGGCAACCCUCAAUUGAUCUCAGUCAUCAAAUUGUCGAAGUCAGGUGGGGUAGUCGAUCGAGACGCAACGUAUAUGCGAGCUGUAGCAGAGGCACAGAUACGGUCCUACUUCUAUGGAAACCCAAAAGUCGGUGCAAGUAUAUCUCUCCAACCUCGACAGCAGCAAGUCGAUUUCAAUAGCCUGCCUACUGUUUGGCGCCGGAUAUCGUCCAAUUCACACUCUUACGGGAACCCUUUCUCGAGCACGAACAACGAAGACAGUUUCCUGCCUGGCGGUCUGGACGAUUCUGAAUACGCUCCUCCACAAACAAUCCCGUCUAUCUCUGUCCCACUGCCUGAGAAUCAGCUCUACGAGAAACUUGCCUCACCAGUCCCAGCACUUCGAAACUGUGUGUUGGCAGUGAUGAAUUGUUCACCAGAUUCAGAUGAACAGGAGACUUUAAGAGAUAGUUCUUGUAUGGGUUUUCUUUACGUGACGGAUGUGGAUUUGGAGAAAGGAAAGAUCAACUUGUUGAGUCCUGUGGCCGGACGUGUUCCCAACAGAGCCUUGGUCUGGGGAGAAGGAAUGGAAGGUGUGCUAGGGGUAGUCGGCUAG